AUGAACAAACGUUCAAAGUUUCCAAGAAGUUGUAUUCAAUCACAGCGAAUGGCGAAUAACCAUUUACCUGCUGUUGACAUUUUCGACGCUAUGAGUAGUAUUCAGAAAAAUCAAACACAAUUUUUUUUAGGUGAAUAUUUCGGUUUACACAAGAAAUUGCGAUUGAAUCCAAAUGGAUCAUUUGUUGAACGUGUCUACAAAGUGAUAUUUGUCGGUGAUUCCGGUGUUGGUAAAUCUAGUAUUAUACGGAAAUUUGUCUCGGGUGUAUUCGACUUAAAUCUUCCACUAACUGUGGCAAUUGAUUUUCAUGUAAAAUUUAUGCAUUGUGAUGGAACAAAUUUAUACCUACAGCUAUGGGAUACAGCUGGGCAGGAGAAAUUUCGAAGUAUUACCCGCCAAUAUUAUCGUAAAUCAGAUGGUGUAAUCAUUGUUUUUGAUGCAACUAAUGAAGCAAGCUUUUUAGCUGUUCGAUCAUGGCUUCAAUCUGUCACUGAGGAAACGGAUGAAAAUACAGUGAUUUUAAUUUUGGAGAAUAAAUCUGAUCUCCUUAAACAAAAUGAUUCAAAACGUUGUGUACCAAAAGCUGCAGUUGACAAAAUUGUUCAGGCAUAUAAGACGAUGUGUUUUGAAGUCAGUGCGAAAACUGGGGAAAAUAUUGAAGAGGCAUUCACAGUAUUGGCAAGAAAACUUAAAGAAAAAGAAGUUUAUGAACUUCAUACACUUCACAAUUUGAAAAAGGAAGAAAUUACAAGAAAGAAUACAUGUUGUCGAUGA